GAAGAGAACAGUCCGAAAUGGCGGGGACUGUUGGUCUCGGCCCUGCGGAAGGUUCAGGAGCAAGUACAUCCCAGUCUCUCAGCUAAUGAAGAGUCUCUCUAUUGAAGAGCCGGUUUUUCAGCUGCUUAAUAAAUUAUGCACGGCCCAGCCAAGGACUGUUCGAGAUGUGGAGGAACGAGUUCAAAAGAGCUUUUCACAUCCAGUGGAUAAAUGGGCUAUUGCUGAUGCGCAGUCCGCCAUAGAGAAACGAAAACGAAGAAAUCCUCUCUUACUGCCUGUGGACAAAAUCCAUCCUUCAUUGAAGAAAGUUUUAGGGUACAAAGUGGACUACCAUGUGUCCCUGUAUAUUGUGCCUGUACUAGAGUAUGUUUCAGCUGAUAUUUUGAAAUUGGCAGGUAAUUAUGUUUUUAAUAUCCGACAUUAUGAAAUAUCCCAACAGGACAUUAAAGUGUCAAUGUGUGGGGAUACGGUUUUGAUGGACAUGUUUGAUCAGGAGGACAUAGGCUUGGUUUCUCUUUGUGAAGAUGAACCUAGUUCAUCUGGUGAACUAAACUACUAUGACCUUGUCAGAACUGAAAUUGCAGAAGAAAGACAGUAUCUACGGGAACUAAAUAUGAUCAUAAAAGUGUUUCGAGAAGCUUUUCUUUCUGACAGAAAGCUGUUUAAACCUGCUGAUAUUGAAAAGAUUUUCAGUAACAUUUUAGAUAUUCAUGAAUUGACUGUGAAACUUUUAGGUUUCAUUGAAUACACAGUUGAAAUGACUGAUGAAAGCAGCCCUCAUCCCUUAGCUGGAAGCUGUUUUGAAGAUUUGGCAGAGGAGCAAGCAUUUGAUCCUUAUGACACAUUAUCACAGGAUAUUCUUUCACCAAAAUUUAAUGAACAUUUCAGUAAGUUGAUGGCCAGACCUGCAGUGGCUCUACAUUUUCAGUCCAUUGCUGAUCCCGCUGAUGGUUUUAAAGAGGCAGUUCAUUAUGUCCUUCCAUGCCUUAUGCUGGUGCCAGUAUAUCAUUGUUGGCAGUAUUUUGAAUUAUUAAAGCAAUUGAGAGCAUGUAGUGAAUAGCAUGAAGACAGAGAAUGUUUGAACCAAGCCAUUACUGCUGUCAUGAAUCUCCAAGGUAGUUUGGACCGAAUUUACAAGCAGUAUUCACCUAGAUGCUGACCUGGGGAUCCUGUUUACCCUUUUUAUAAUCAUCAAUUAAGAAGCAAG